CGUCCACUCUGUGGCGGCUCUCCGGCUCCCCUCCACCUCCUCCCACCGUGGACGUCCUCAGAUUGAGUUGGAGAGGGGGGACCCCGGUGUGGUGUCCUGGGAAAGCAUAGAAAGGGGGACCCUGGAGAGACACCCACCACCUCCUGCGUCCCCGGGGCUGCUGAAUCACCGGCGAGGAGUCUGCAGGUGCUUGAAUGAGCGCGACACCAGCCUCUGCCCCCAGGUGCCCGACGUAACAAUAAGGAUCCCACUGGUCGCUCCUGGCAUGCCCCACCAGCUUUCAGCCUGAGUUGGCAGCCUCCGCCUCUGCCAGCCGCCACCCUGCACUGUUCCGGCUCCCCCGAGGGUCCCACGCUGCAGUGCGGCCAAGACCCCUCCCCGCAGGGGCCACCCCCACCAACUGCCCCUGGUGCCCGGGGUGGCCCGGCCCGCAGGGCCAUGAAGCUUCAGGCUGUGAUGGAGACUCUCAUUCAGAGGCAACAGCGUGCCCGGCAGGAACUGGAGGCUCGGCAGCCUCCACCACCCCCACCACCUGAACCCACUGGUGUCCGGGCUCGGACCGCCAUGACAGAAGAGGACAGGGAGCCUGAGAAUGCCCGGAUGCAUAGGACGCAGAUGGCCGCCCUGGCUGCCAUGAGAGCCGUCGCCGCCGGCUUGGGACAUCCGUCCUCUCCCAGGGGCUUUGAGGACAGGCCUCCUAGCUCCGAGGACGAAGACACAGCCCGGGAAGGCACUCUGAGUUCACCUGCCCUGCCUGGAAGUGGCCUGGAGGGACCAGGACACACCGAAGGAGAUGGGCAUUUGAUGGACGUGGGCUCUGAGGAUGACAUGAAGCCCAAGUGGGAAGAGCAAGAGCUGGAAGAACUGGGGGAGGAGGAAGAGGAUGAGGAAGAUGAAGAUGACUUUGAGGAAGAGGAGGAGGAGGAGGAAGAAGAAGGUCUGGGUCCCCCAGAGUCUGCCAGCCUGGGCUCUGCAGGCCUGUUCACCCACAAGACCCCUCUGGCUCAGGCUUUCCGUGGGGAUGGCGGUCCCAGGAUGCUGAGUGGCCCUGAGCGCCUGGGACCUGGCCCGGCUCAUCCCAGUCAUGUGGCUUCCCAGAUGCCACCACCGGACCACGGAGACUGGACAUUUGAGGAGCAGUUCAAACAGCUCUAUGAACUGGAUUCGGACCCCAAGAGGAAGGAGUUCCUGGACGACUUAUUCACCUUCAUGCAAAAGCGAGGUACUCCAGUGAACAGAAUCCCCAUCAUGGCCAAGCAGGUCCUCGACCUGUUCAUGCUAUACGUGCUGGUGACCGAGAAGGGUGGCCUGGUAGAGGUGAUCAACAAGAAACUGUGGCGGGAGAUCACGAAGGGGCUCAACCUGCCCACCUCCAUCACCAGCGCUGCCUUCACACUCCGGACACAGUACAUGAAGUAUCUUUACCCCUAUGAGUGUGAGAGGCGAGGCCUGAGCAGCCCCAGCGAGCUCCAGGCCGCCAUAGACAGCAACCGCCGGGAGGGCAGGCGCCAGAGCUUUGGGGGUUCGCUUUUCGCCUACUCACCCAGCGGAGCCCACAACAUGCUGUCCUCACCCAAGCUACCGGGGACUUCCUUGGGCCUUGCCACCAGCACCAAUGGCAGCUCCAUCACCCCAGCACCCAAGGUCAAGAAAGAGGAAGACUCGGCCAUCCCCAUCACAGUCCCAGGCCGCCUACCUGUGUCUUUGGCAGGCCACCCUGUUGUAGCUGCCCAGGCUGCAGCCGCCCAGGCUGCAGUUGCAGCUCAGGCAGCUGCCCUGGAGCAACUCCGGGAGAAGCUGGAAUCCACAGAACCUCCAGAAAAGAAGAUGGCUCUGGUUGUUGACGAGCAGCAGCGGCUCAUGCAGCGAGCUGUGCAGCAGAGCCUCCUGGCCAUGACGGCCCAGCUGCCCAUGACCGUCCGGAUCAACAGCCAAGCCUCAGAGAGCCGCCAGGACUCUGCCGUGAGCCUCACCAGUGCCAAUGGCAGCAACAGUAUUAGCAUGUCAGUGGAGAUGAAUGGUAUUGUAUACACAGGGGUGCUGUUUGCUCAGCCACCACCUCCUACACCACCUUCCGCCCCCAGCAAAGGUGGCACUGGCAGCAUCGGUACCAACAACACCAUGGGUAGCCGGACAGGAGCCAGUGGCAGCACUGGCAGCGGUGGCCAGGUGGGGCUGGCCGGGGUGUCAGCACCCACCAUGUCUUCUACCUCAAAUAACUCCUUGCCUUAAAGGAAACCAAGUUGCAUGGCUGCCCGCCCACCACAGGGACCACACGGCCACACGGGGACCUGGGAUGUCAGAAGAAUCCCAGUGGGCUGGGCAGAUUCCCAAGGAGCCACACUGACGCCAAAAAGGAGAGAGAGAAAAAAAAAUAUCUAUAUAUCUAUAUCUAUAUAUACAUAUAGAGAAAGAUAGCUAGACGGAGAAACAGAUUUAAUAAAUCAGGGCAAAGCAAA